UUACCCUACUGAUGGUAGAGGAGUAAAACUGCUCUGUGGGAACAUUUGAUUCUCUAGAGUUCUCUUAAUAGCAGAUUCUCUGUAACAAAAUGGCAAUGAUUUUGGGACAAUUACAGUCAUUCAAUCAUUGGUCUAAAAGAGAGCAUUGACUAUUGAGAAAUAUACUAAGGACAAAACUAGCAGGUGUACUCAGAAGAUGAGAAAAAUUUUCAAGCUUCAGACCGUAUUUUCAGAAAGAUGGAAUCAUACCAACCACAUCCUGAAAAACUAACAGAUGAGCACCAAUCAGACUACAGGCUUGUUUUUUUAUUGUAUCUGGGCUGGAAUUAGCCCAAAACUACAUAUGGUGGACAAUGAACAACACUGUUAAGUGCCAUGAUGAUCACACCCUGGAUAAGUAUUUGUUUCCAUUUGUGUACAGCACUGUGAUGGUGAUCAGUAUUCCCAUCAACUGCAUAUCCCUCUACGUGUCUUGCAUUCAGGUGAGGAAAAAGAAUGAGUUGGCAGUCUACCUAUUUAGUCUGUCCCUGGCUGACCUUUUGUACUCUGUGAUUCUGCCUUUGUGGAUUGAUUAUGCCUGGAAUGGAGACAACUGGACACUCUCUGCCAGGCUUUGCCAGUUUUCUGCCUUCCUUACAUACAUGAAUUUUUACACCAGCACUGCAUUUCUUGCUUGCAUCUCUCUCGAUAGGUACCUGGCAUUAGUUCACCCCCUGAAGUUCCAGCACUUACGUACAAGAAGAAUUUCACUGAUUGUCAGCAUAAUUGUUUGGCUUCUGGAAGGUACCUUUAAUUCAGUUAUACUGAUGAAUAAAGAAGUAUUUAAUGAUCCUUGCAAUUCUACUAAUCAUAUAUUAUGUUAUGAUAAAUACCCCCUGGAAUGGUGGCAGGCACAGCUGAACUUAUUCCGGAUAUGCUCAGGGUACCUGCUCCCUUUGAUAAUCAUUUUGUUUUGCUACCAUAAAAUCUACCAAGCAGUGAGGUGUAAUCAAGCGACAGUAAAUGAAGAGAAGAAAAAAAUCAAGAAACUUAUACUGAAUAUCACAGUUACUUUCAUUAUUUGUUUCACUCCUUAUCAUGUUGUAUUGCUUAUUCGGAGCAUCAAAGAACCUCAGACCUCUAACCUACAGCUUUUACAGUCAAUUUAUAAAAUCUACAGAAUCACACAAGCCUUUACAAGUUUGAAUUGCAUUGCUGAUCCCAUUCUUUAUUGCUUUGUGAGUGAAACUGCACGAACAGACAUUCUGAAUUUGCUCAGGUGUUGCUUUUACCUACAAAAGCCUGAAGGAAACCAACCAGAAGAACAUGCUCUGUGUAGUUCUGCUACAAAGAGCAAUGCACUGGUCACCUACAGAUCUUCCUGUGAAACUGAAACUCUGUAAGACAUCUGUGAGAGCACAGUCAAAGAAAAAGUGGAUAACGUAAAGGGAAAAAAAGUAAAAAUAAAUCUUCCCUUGCUUGUAUCUCAGUAAACAACUCCAAAGUACUCUAAUCUAGGUGAAACCAGUAGCUGGAACUAAUAAGAAUAUAUUGCAGGUCAGUUAAAUCAGGGAGCAUUUCUCAUAACAUUUCUUAAAAUCAGGUGUGUUAUGUAAAUCAGUGUUAACGAACAGCCAAGGAAAAUGAACAUAAUACGCUGACAGAAUUACAGAGGGUCCCCUGAAGAACGUCCUCCUGUCUCAGCUUGCUAGCUAGCCCAUACACUCAGUACACUUGUACUUAGCUGCAAGAAGGCUGAAGUCCUUUCAAUCUAGUUUUUCAGUUUUAACAGAAAUCUUAAAGUUCAUCUGAGAAAGAUUCUUCUGUAUGAUUUUUUUCUUAAAUCAGUACUGUGAUAGAAAUGAAUGAAAAAUGCA